AUGGGGGACUCGGAUCAGACCUACCAGAAGAAAGGCCCUGGGAAGGAAUGUUCGAGCUCACUAGGCUUGACCAAAAGCAGCAGAUCCUGGGGUGAAGAGGAGUCAAGGAUGAAACCAGUGUUUUCAAGACCUAAGGAACACAGACAGCAGGAUUGGGAUCGUGACAACAGGUCCAUAAUUUGGAAAAAGGAACCUCGAUACUUGAAGUCAGAAGUGAAAUUCAUAGACUUAAAUAAGGAUGCCUCAAACAAUGAUAGUUUUUACCAAGUGCCACCGUGUUGUCAGUGUUCCUCUCGGCAGCUCAACUUUGGAGGCUUCUUACCUGUGCCCAGGGAUGAGGCAAACUUCCCUUACUGGGUCCCUCGGUCUCUGAGACCCCAGAAGCUGGUUCGGAGAAAAUUCCAAUCGUGUUACCCAAAAAGUCCCAGGACUUGUACCUGUGCCUGUCACACCUUUGGGGGGCAACUCCCUGUCCCAAGAGACCUUGCUACAUUCCCUUAUUGGGUGCCUCGAUCCGUCAGGUUCCCAGGGAAGACACAUAAGACCACAUCAGAUUUCAUAUGGACCAAAAGCUGUAUCUCCGGGGGCUUCCGGAUCUUCUACCACCAAUGGCGCAUUUGCUGCAAUGAGGAGCGACUCCGCAGGUGGCAGAUGAUUCAGGCUCAGCUACAAGUGACUGCGCCUCAGACCCAGGAGGAGGAGCAGGAGCAGGAGAGCAACGGGCCGUUUUUCCUUUCUCCUGGGCUUGUCAUUGGCUCUUUUUACGGUCUUGUAAUGAUCGUGAUCUCAGUUUUUCGAUCCCUGAAGGAGAGGCCCAGAAAACAGAAAGAGUUAGAAGAAAGGCGAGCCAAAGAGAAGGAGAAAAGGAAGGAGGAGAGGAUUAAAAUCAUGAGAGUCCUUACAACAACAGCUGGAGACUGGAAGAGAGAGGAGGUAGCCAAGAUGGAACAACUGUUUCACAUAGAUGAGUUUGAUCACUAUGGACUGGAGGAGAUAAAUGGGAUCCAUACCAGGAGCAAGAAGAAGACAUCUGGCAUGAACAAUGAAAGGAAGGCUACUAGGGGACAGGAAGGCCUUGCUUCCGGAAUCCAAGGAGUUCCAUCUGAGUGCCACUUCCAUGGCUGCUGGCGGGUCUGCUCCGAAGGCUCAAGGCUAGAAAUGCUGCUGAAGCUCCAGUCCCAGUUCCGGGAGGAGGCCUCCAAGGAUCCAUACCUGAUUAAUGAGCAGCGUGAUGAAGAGAGGAGCUUCUCUGUGUUUGUCUUAGGCAUCCUCCUGGGCUCCAUUCGCAUGGUGGCCUCAGCUGUGUGGUGCGUGGCUCCAGCUUGUCCAGGGAUCCUCCUACAAACUUCAGGAGGGGACCAGCCAUCAUUGGCAACUGGUUUUGUUCCUGAAUUUGGAGCGGGGAAAGAGAGGCUGCUCAGCAAAAAGGAUCCUGCUUUCUCUAUCUGGGGAAGACAGAUUAGAUUGGUUUUAAUUGUCACUUGAGAGCAAAAUGAGAAGCAAUGGAUGAGAAUGACAAAUAAGAUCAAUAGAUUGAUAGAUGAUAGAUAAAUAGAUGGUUGGAUAGAUAGAUAGGUAUAGAUGAUAGAUAGAUAGG